AUGGCGCUUUUUUCGGGCAAACGGAAACAAGGCCUCCCGAGUCCGCCCGGCUCACCGCCCAUGUCUACCGACGACGAUACGCUGGCCGGGGUUGAAGCUUUACUCAGCAGAUAUGAAAACCAUCGACCAUUAGAAGUGUCGUGCGUGUCGACGGAGGGCUCGCGGAGAGCCUCCGUGGCCACAUCCAUCUGCAUCCUCGACUCGCUUGAAGGCAUCCUCACCGAUAAUAUGCUCGCCGGUGGAUAUCGUGGGAGCCAGGCAGAACUUCCAAGUUUUGAAGCACUUCAUGCCGCACCAGCACGGGCUUCACUUUUUAUACGGGACGAAAAACCAAGCACCUGGGUCCGAACGGCGAAACACUUCUACGACAAGUACAGACUCCGAAAUUAUGCCCCAUUUAUUCUACUUUUUCUAUAUUCCCUGCUUGGAGCAUUUCUGUUCCAUUCCCUGGAGUCAGAUCAUGAAAAACAGUUGAUGAUUAAAGAGCAGCGCGAUCUCGAACAAUUACGCAAUGUUACUUUUACACAAUUAUUUCGAUUGGUGCGGAUACCCAGUGAACAAAACGGGGACCAAGCGAGCAAAAUUUUGGAAACACACGAGAAAGAGCUACAAAGGAUAAAACUGCCCGACCAUAUCAACUGGGAUAUGUGGGGUGCUAUGUUUUAUGUUGGUGCUCUGGUCACUACUAUCGGCUACGGUAAUAUUGCGCCCCGUACUGUAGCGGGUCAAGCUCUUUCGGUGCUCUAUGCCCUUUUUGGAAUUCCUUUGGUUUUGGCGAUUCUUUCACAGUUUGGGCGUACGCUAACAAACUUAGUGUCUGAUUGGUGGCAAAAAUAUCGACAACGAGUAAAGAAAGCCCGGUCUCGGAUUUGGAACAAAGCCAAAAAAGCGCCGCUGACUCACACUAGACGCAAUACAAUAAUCGAGCUCGAAGACGGCCACCCAGCCCGAGAUCUGAUUUCCGUAGCCGAUGAGGGAGAUUUAGAAGAGCUCGAGGAAAGUCGAACUAUUCCUGUCUGGCUGGCCCUUCUAAUUUGCAUAUUAUGGAUCUGCGCGUGCGCGGCCCUAUUCUGCAUCUGGGAAAAGAAAUGGACAUAUUUCACGUCGCUAUAUUUUUUCUUCAUCUCCCUGUCGACUAUUGGAUUGGGAGACAUUAUUCCUGAUCACCCGAGAAUGCUGAUUCUAAUGUUUUGGCUUGUCAUCAUCGGCCUUUCCAUCGUCUCCAUGUUGUUAUCCGUUAUCCAAAUUAAAAUGGAGGAAUGGCUGUAUAAUUUGAUGAUUCGGAUGCAGAAAGAAUAUCAAAAAGCGCUUGAAACUGGAGACAUGAUGGACCGGUCACAGAUUUUGGAAAAAAUGAUGGACAACCAGCCUUGGUAUCUAAAGAAUUUUGGGCCCCACUUAAUGAACGACAAGCAAGCCGAUGCUUUGGAAAGAAAAGCUGAAAAAUACGACCGUGUCAUGAGGGAAGUUAACAAUAAAAACAUUCAAACGGAAGGCCCAAUUUUUGAUACAAGAGAGGCGCAAUGCGAAAAAGCUAACCUUCAGAGUAUGGCAUGCUCCCCAAAAAGUGAAUCGCUAAAGGACCUCAAAAACAUGGAAACGCAAUGGAACAGACAUUCUUCAAUAUCCUCUUCAAGCGAUUGCUUCACGACGUGUGAUGAGGUCACCGAGUCACUGGCGGUCCCAGAAUUAGAAAAAGAGCUGUUAUUGGAAAAGGCUCAACUGAUUUCUGAAUGCGAACAAACAUCGGAGGCGGCAUUGAAUUCGGUCGGAGCACAAACGUCGUUAGCCCCAGAAUUUGUGCCAAAAAAGCCCGUUCAAUCAUCCGAAAGCUGUUCUCAGACCGAAAUUGCACAAUUCCAAAUUGACGAGAUCAAGCUGAGACUCCAUAGUAUACAGGAAAAACGAGCAAAGGCCGCAGAAGCGAACGCAAUCUCAAAAGCCGCGCUUUUGUUGGAAAUGCUAGAGAAAGAAACGCAAUGUGACAUCUUGGACGCAGCACUAAUGGACCCAGAGAUUUUCGCUGAAGUUGAGCACGAGGUGAAACAUGGUAAUUUGGCCGAUGUAUCCGUCAAGAAAUCGGAAGCCGGAGUCGGGACCGAAAGUGGCUUCAUGCGAGACCAGGGUUGCAGAACGGAUUCGUCAAUGGGAAUGUGGUGUCGUGGAACACAAGCUGGACUGCCCAUGCAUAGGGAUAUGUGCAUCUCGACGAGUCGUUCUGAAGAUUCACAAUCGGAUUCACCAAAAAUUGGCACACCACAGAGAGAUCAAACAACGCUGACGGAUUCUGGGAUAAUGAUGGCGAGAACCUCUGCCACCGGGUCGUCAUCUCCGAUUCUUCUACCGGCCGCUGUCGCUAUUCAAUGUACACCGGAUAUGCUGGACCAUGCAACACAUACAGAAUCGGCGAUUUGUCAGUCAAGAAGUAUGGAAACGCUUCCGGUUCGAAUUGACACCGAGACGAGAGAAGUGCAAACGGCAAAGGAAGUACAGGACGAGGGCACGGAUGUUCAUGGUAUUUUUGUUGCAACCACUUGCGGCACUCAAAGUGAAAUACCAGAUAGUGAGGAUCGCUCGAUGAUCACCGAUAUUCCAAAAAUGCGCGAUCGCAGUAUGGAGACCAUUAAUGUCCCAUCUUCUACCCAAAUCGAGUGCACUCAAACGGAUUGGCCAGGGGAUACAGGAACGGCUAAUGGGCCAUCAAUGUCAUUUAUGACAACAUCCGGACCAAUGUCGAUGUCAUACUCUGCGUCGGUGAUGUUAUCAAUAUCUACCCAGUGUUCACCUCCGGAUUCUCCGAAUUCUACCCUGCGAGCCUAUGGACGGUCUUCAACAUCCGGUGUUGAUGAUGGCUCAUCAAUUGAUAGUAAUGGCCAGCGCAAAAGUUUACAACGCCAAGAAGUUAUCAUCCAAACCGAUGACAGCUACUUGAAAAUUGCCCGUCGCUUGGAUGAUUAUAGAUCUAACAAUAAUAAAAAUUCACUGCUACCGGUUUGUGCUGCUUCUCCAAUGUCCCCGGGUGCAAGUCCUGGGCGAGAUGCUGGAACUGAUCGACCAUCGGAAAGGAGAGACGGCCAUUCAACAAACUACAUACCUUGGAACAAGCCAGCCAAGAAGGAGAUGAUACCCAUGAAAAUUCCGUUUCGCCUUCCGCAAAGACUACCGAUUUAUAAGGAGGGAAAGAAAGCCCGCUCAACAUCACCUCGAAAGGGCCGUGGGCCGGCGCACGAGCGUGGAAUACCCAAUCCGGCCACUUCCCUCCGGACCCCAGUCCGAAUUAUACGACAAUAUUCAUUGUGCCAGGAUCCUGUU